ACACAUACAGUGAAUUUUUGUUUUAUUUGGUUUUUUAUUAAAAUAUUUCGUAUAUUUGACCCUUGUGGAAAUGCUACGAAGGAACUAACUGUGACCUGUCCAAUGAUCGAAUCAAAAUUAAUAGAUUAGAUAUGGAAUCGUCCGCUAGCGUUGAUAAGAAAACUCAACCAAACAACACCACAAACCCGGUGACAGUCGAAACUCUUGACAUCGAAAUUCUGCCAGUUAUUUACGAUAUUAUUCGGGGUAUCGAGAAAGAUCCCACCGACAACGCAGCGAAACAAAGAGAAUCUCAGGAUUGCAGUCAAAAGGUAUUGGAGCUGCAAAAGCGCAUCGAAAGUGCCCGAAAUCAAAUCAAACAGUUGCCUGGUAUCGAUUACAACAUCGAAGAACAAUUGCAACGCUUGGAAACGCUUCGAAAUCAAUUGACCCUCAAGCAACAGCUCAUCAAAAAGUACAAGAACACUCCGUUUUAAGAAGGGCCGCAUCUAUUUCCAAAGAGUUGAGUGAUGGUGUUAAGGUUUUUGUUACGUUACUUUGCCAAUAACGAACAAUUGGUGCAACGGCUGUCUGAAAGUUAUCCGAUAAGACGAGCAGCACAGUUACUAGUGGCUGCAUUUUUGCGAUCUAAAAAUGUGGCAGAACAACGCGGUAUCAAUGAUUUGUCACCGGACAAACUUCGUCGCAUUCUGACACAAUUCAAAACUAAUUUAAAAGAGGAAAUUGAAGAUAUAAAGAAGAAGAAAUAAACAGCCAGCUCUACAUAGUUAUCAGAAAA